GCCCAUGUGGUCGGUACAAUGUUUGCCUCAACGGGAUGUGCGAUCCUCAGUCCAGUCAAUGCGUAUGCGACGCAGGCUUCAUUACAGACCCCAUCAACCCGCUACAGUGUCUCCCGGUUCCACCUUGCAAUCUCUUACAAGGAUCGCCACAUGAACAGUGCCUCAAUGGAGCCUGUGUACAAAAUUUCCCAGGUCUCUACGCCUGUGCAUGCUACAAUGGAUAUCAACAGAGUUUUACCAAUCCCAAUAUUUGCGACAAUAUUGACGAAUGUAGACUGCCUGGUCUCGGCUGUGCACCUGGCUCAUGCACAGAUUUGAUUGGUGACUACUCAUGCACGGCUUGUGUCAUAGGCUACACUUUAGACCAGCGUGGUAAAUGUCUGAUGAAUAAUCAAGGACAGAACAGUGCACUCCCUUGGCUAUUUCCAAUGAUGGACGGCAUGUUCUGA